AUGCCGCCGAGACGAUCCCGCAGAGUCGUUGGUUCUGUCGUCCGGACGACCACGAGGAUGGUGGAAGAAACUGUACAAGUGGCAGUUCUGGAGAAAGAAAGCCAGGAUUUGACUCAAGAACCCGAAACGACACAAACGGCUGAGGGCCGCGGCGGUGAUGUCUUCCGGAGGACUAUCCCGGUGGAAGAGAAGGCUCCACCACGGGAACAGCCGAAAACUUUUCCGGUAUCGGAAGAUUUUGACACAAGAAAGCCAACGGAUUCGACGUCGCAGCUCACGGAGGACACCGCUGCGACUCCGGAGGUGGAACCCGAGGUCCGGAAUGGAAAAAAGGGAAGGAAAAGGAAGAAGAAAAUGGAAAAAGAAGGAAAAAGGAGGAGGAAAAGUAGUGGUGGUGGUGGUGGAAGAGAGGGAUACAAGAGGUAUGUGUUUAAGGUGCUGAAGCAAGUGCAUCCAGAGAUAGGGAUCUCAGGGAAAGCCAUGGUCAUUUUGAACAAUUUCAUGAAUGAUAUGUUUCAGAGACUUGCUGAUGAGGCAACUAAACUCUCAAAAUACACAGGUGGAAUGACGCUGUCGUCGAGGGAAAUCCAAGGGGCGGUGAGGUUAGUGUUGCCAGGAGAGCUGGGGAAGCACGCCAUUGCUGAGGGAACUAAAGCUGUCUCUGCUUAUGUAUCUUAUGUUCAUACGAAAACCUAAUUACCUUCCUACUUUAUUUAG